AAAGCGAUCCGACACGAAAUGUGUUGUAGAACUGCAGCAUUCGAAACAUUAAUUUUUGUCUCCGCUUGCUGUGAGUUACUGAGCCAUAUCAUGAAACAUAGUUGUCAUCUAAAAUAUGGUCUGUCAUGACUCACGCUGCCUGCAGGGGAUGGUGGCCUACUUGAAUCUACUGGUGGAAGUGAAGCAGAGCGUUAGAAGAUUAAAUUCUGACUGUCAGGGGAUGUACUGAUAGCUUUUUUACUUCAGGAACGGACUGUUGUUAAAUCUUACAACUGCAAUAAAAUGCAGGAUCCAAAUGAAGAUACGGAGUGGAAUGCAGCGUUGCGAAGACAUGGUAUUCUUCCUACAAAAGAAAAGGAAAUUACUGAAGAGGAAGUACUAAAUAUUGUUGAAGCAACUAUAGAAGAGAAGCAGUCCAAAGGAACAAAAAAAUUAGAACAGUGUACUCUUGAUGAACUGGAUGAAUUAGAAGAUGAAGAAGAUGAGAGAGUAUUACUGGAGUAUCGCAGAAAGCGAAUUGCUGAGAUGCAAGCAGAAGCUGCAAAGUCGAAGUUUGGUGAGGUAAAGGAAAUAAGUGGAGAAGAUUAUGUUCAAGAAGUCAACAAAGCUGGUGAAAAUAUUUGGGUAGUCUUGCAUUUAUAUAAACAAGGCAUCCCAUUAUGUGCAUUACUCAAUCAGCAUUUAUCACAACUUGCCGCAAAAUUUCCAGCCACAAAAUUUUUGAAAAGCAUAUCAACCACAUGUAUACCAAAUUUCCCUGACAGCAACUUACCAACUAUUUUUAUAUAUUAUGAAGGAGAACUCAUUAAACAAAUGGUUGGGCCUUUAAACUUCCGUGGAAUGAAUAUGACUGUUGAAGAGCUUGAGUGGAUACUAGGAGAAGCUGGUGCUGUGAAAACAACACUUGAAGAAGAUCCAAGACCUAAAAUUAAGGAUGUGCUCUUUUCUAAGCUAAAAAAUACAGCUGAUGAUGAUGAUAGUGAUAAUAAUGACUGGUAAUAAAAGCAAGACUCAGUC